AUGUCGCGACUAAAAUCCCAAUCCACAGCUCUCACCGACGACCCUCUUAAUGACAUUUGUCCCGUCUGCAAAUCCAACCGCUACCUGAACCCCACCCUCCAAUUCCUCAUCAACCCAGAAUGCUACCACAAAAUGUGCUCAACCUGCGUAGACCGCAUCUUCACCAGCGGACCAGCCUCCUGUCCCGUCGUCGGCUGCGGAAAGACACUGCGUAAAAAGGGGUUUCACAAAGCGUUUUUCGCGGAUCUGAAAAUCGAACGGGAAUGCGAUAUCCGGAAGCGCGUGGGCGCGGUGUUUAAUCGGCGGGAAGACGAGUUUGAGAGUCUGAGCAGCUGGAACGAUUACCUGGAGAUGGUGGAGGGCUUGAUAUUCGAUUUGGUUGAGGGGACGAUGAAGGAGAAAGCCAAGGCGGAGGAGACGUUGAGGGCGCAUCGUGCGGCGAACGCGAAGGAGAUUGAGGAUAAUAAACGUGCGGGGUUGGAGGCGAAGGAUGUGGAGUUGCAGCGGGAGAGGGAGGAGAAGGAGGCGGUGCGGCAGAGGAGACUUGCGAUUUUGAGGGAGCAGGAGGAGGAUAAGUUGGAUGUGGAGAAGGAGAGACGGGAGAUGUUGGAGCGGUUGGCGAGGGGGGAUGGGGAUGCUAAUGCGAUUACGAAACAUGCGCAGAAGGUUAUACUUAAGAAAUCUUCGGCGAGGAGGAAUCUUGCUGAGUCGAACUUUGCGGAUACUGCGAAUGGAAGUGCGCCGUCGAAUUUGUCGAUUCGGGGACUUAAGAAGAAAGUUGCGCCAAAGGCAGAAUUGGCGUAUGAUCCAUUUGGGGGUCUUGAUCUUAAGCCUGCGCGGUACACGCUACAGUCUUCUUAUGAGAAUGAGUGGUUGGAUAAUGCGAAGAAUAAUACGCUGCAUAUGGCUGGAGGAUACAGUAUGAACGAGUACUAUUCGAGGACGAUGUUUGAGGCCUUCUCAGGCUUGGGCAUUUUCAUUGGUGACCAGGUUGUUGAAAAAUCUCUACCUGCUGCUCCAGCGACGAUUGGUACAGUUGGGGCGGCUGAAGCUGCCGGUGGGAGACUACGACAGGAGAUGAACACUGAUGAUGUCUUUUGA